AUGUCAUCUGAUCUUACCAUCAAGUUCUCUGCUAUCCCGCAAGGCGAGGGGGAGCCUGGCAGGGAAGAAUUUUCUCUUCACCUUACCCGCGUUGACAAGCAGGUCCGACUCGAAGGCCGUCUUCAGAUAUACAACACUGUGGGAGUCACCGCAUCUGCGACGCGCGAGUACUAUAGAGGGACGUUGGCUCAGCGCAGUCCAAAUGACCCCGAGACCGACGUAUUCAUCAAGCUCGCAUACGCGCAAAACCUCGACGACGCAGCCGGACUCAGAACCGAGGCCAACUUCUAUAACAAGCAGCUGAAAGCAUUGCAAGGGGACGUCGUACCUGUGUGCUACGGGAUUUACGAAGGAGAGCACGACGAUGGCGAUCCUAUUGUCUGCCUUGUUCUCGAGUAUAUGGGCGAGCCUGCCGAAGACGGGCUGGGCUCUCUUGACAUGGACGUCCGGCUGGAAGUUCUGCGUUCGGUGGUCCAGGUGCACCUUGCCGGGGUGAUGCAUAACGACAUCAACGACGACAACGUCUUGUUCUCCUCUACGCCCGACAGCAAGCCCCGUAUUAUCGACUUCGAACACGCCGAGAAGCACAAAUGCAGGCGUAAGCUCGAGAUUGUCGAGGGCGCCCCCGUUCCAGAACGUUUGUUGUUCGGCUGUCCAGAGCUUUGGGAUCUUGCUGCCAACAUGGGCAUUUGGCGCUCUCAGUAUGUCUGCUUCUACGGCGAAUACGUUGACGAGGACACCAUUGAUUCUCCACAAGUUCUCAUCGACGCGGUCCGUUCUAUGACCUUUCUUCCACAGGAGGAUAUUGAGAGACGAGCGAAUAAGGCGUACGAGAUGGUGCAAGUAUUUAAGGAGAAUGGUGGGUAUCGGCCAAGGGAUUUCAACCCCGACGAUUGGGUAUUUUGAGCCUUUUAUAGUCGGACUUCACUACGCUUAGACGGAAUAUUAUGCAAUAAAUGCAUAUGCUUUUUCGCCGUUU